GUGAAGCGCUGAGGGUCAUCAAUCCCAACCCAACCCUGUAAAUGUGGGAAUUACCCCUGUGCUGGGAAGUUUCCCCUCUCCCAGAGCAUUCCAGCAGUGGGAAUGUGAGGAAUUCCCCCUGGGAAUGGUGUCCUGGCAGGUGAAGAGCGUCAAGCCGUGCCUGAAGCAGCUGCAGCAAUGCAUCCAAACCAUCUCCACCCUGCACGACGACGAGAUCCUGCCCAGCAACCCCGCUGACCUCUUCCACUGGCUGCCCAAGGAGCACAUGUGUGUGCUGGUCUACCUGGUGACAGUGAUGCAUUCCAUGCAGGCAGGCUACCUGGAGAAGGCUCAGAAGUACACGGACAAAGCCCUCAUGCAGCUGGAGAAGCUCAAAAUGCUGGACUGCAGCCCCAUCCUGUCCUCAUUCCAAGUGAUUUUGUUGGAACACAUCAUCAUGUGCAGGCUGGUCACGGGACACAAAGCCACAGCCCUGCAGGAGAUCUCCCAGGUCUGCCAGCUGUGCCAGCAAUCUCCCAGGCUCUUCUCCAACCACGCUGCCCAGCUGCACACGCUCCUGGGUCUCUACUGCAUCUCUGUCAACUGCAUGGAUAAUGCAGAAGCACAAUUCACUACAGCACUGAGGCUCACAACCCACCAGGAGCUGUGGGCGUUCAUUGUCACCAACCUGGCCAGCGUCUACAUCCGGGAGGGGAAUCGGCACCAGGAGCUCUACAGUUUAUUGGAAAGGAUAAAUCCCGACCACAACUUCCCAGUGAGUUCUCACUGUCUGCGGGCUGCAGCGUUCUACAUCCGAGGGCUCUUCUCCUUUUUCCAGGGAAGGUACAACGAGGCCAAGCGUUUUUUGCGGGAGACUCUGAAGAUGUCGAACGCCGAGGACCUGAACCGCCUGACAGCCUGCUCGCUGGUGCUGCUGGGCCACAUCUUCUACGUGCUGGGCAACCACAGGGAAAGCAACAACAUGGUGGUGCCAGCCAUGCAGCUGGCCAGCAAGAUCCCAGACAUGUCCGUGCAGCUCUGGUCCUCAGCCCUGCUCCGGGACCUGAACAAGGCGUGUGGCAACGCCAUGGAUGCCCACGAGGCCGCCCAGAUGCACCAGAACUUCUCCCAGCAGCUGCUCCAGGACCACAUCGAGGCCUGCAGCCUCCCUGAGCACAACCUGAUCACGUGGACGGAUGGACCCCCCCCAGUCCAAUUCCAGGCCCAGAACGGCCCCACCACCAGCCUGGCCAGUCUGCUCUGAGAGAAUUCCAGGAAAACUCCAGGAAAAUUCCUGGAAAACUCCAGGAUAUUCACCAACAACACCCUGGAGGGAUGAAAAGAAAAAAAAAAAGCAUCAAAAACUUGGGAAAAGAAACGAAACAAAACGAAAGAAAUCCAUGGAAAAGCUUCCAAAUUCCCUCUGGUAGUGAGAAAAAACCCAGGAAUUUUCCAGGGAUUCCCAGAGCCUCUGGAGCUGCUUUUCCAGGUGGGAAUGUCCAGGUGAAUCCCAAGGUUUGAUCCUGCAGGGAAUUGCCAGGAAAGGCUGGGAAUCCUUGGGGAUAAAGGGGAUGA